AGAGGGGCAGAGUAGGAGAGGGAGAAAGAAAGGGAGGGAGAGUCAGAGAGAAGGAUAGAGAGGAUAGAGAAAGAGAGAGAGAGAGAGGGAGGGAGAGUGAGAGAGUUUUUCCCGGGAAAGAUAGCGAAGGGGGAGGUGUGUGUUGUAUGCUGUGUGCUGUGGUGUGCUGUAUGGUGCUGUGUGCUGCUGUGUAUGUGUGUGUGCAUGAGUGUGCUGAACACAGAGGACCUGAGCAGGGAAAAGGGGGCAGCAGCGGUGGUGGAUACCGGCCGCGUCGCGCGCACACACACACACACACACACGUCCACGCCGGAGCGCAGCGCAGCAGCAGAGUCCAGGUGAUCGUGGACUGGAGGGGAGAGUAAGAGGAGGCCAUGCCAAACACUCCCAGACAGAACUUGCCUAACCAUUACCCUCUCCGCCCGGGGCAAAACCCGCAUCUCUGCCACCUCACCCAGUAAGGACAACAACCAGCUCAAACAAACCAUUCUCUCAGAGAGAGAGACCUUCGGAGGGCGAACUCAACUGGACCUAAGCUGAAGUGUCUAAACAAACCAACUGUCAGCUCCUUGGGCCCUGAGUGAAAGUGCGCAGAAUCCAGGGCAAAGCCACCCAGGACUUUGUUUCUCUCAGAGAGGCACAGACACAAAGGGAUUAUAACAAAGGGCAUAUGCUGGAAAAAUAAAUACACGCUAAAGAACCGACUCAAGAAUAACAUUCAGUGCUCACUGUGCUCUGCCUUUCUGCAUGACUGGAACAAGCUUUGCUUCUUUUUUUUCCCCCCUUUCCUUGUUCAGGGCACUAAUGAACUAAGGGGAAGAUUGAACAUUCGUCUGAGGCAUUGUUGUACCGUGAUGACAUUUUAAGGAACAAGAGCUUCUUGUGCCCUGAAAGAAAAAUAAUCUGGCCGCCUGAGAUUACGAUUCCGUGUCAGGAUAGGCUAUGUUUUGGUGCCGGGGAUACAAGCCGAGGGUGAAGAAUGUCUGGAUUGGACUUUGAAGACAGACAGAAGUAGAAAAAAAAAGCCCCAAACAAAACAAACGAAACAAAAAAUACUGGAUGGUGUUUCAGCAUUUACUGGAUUUGCAGUAGAGCACAUCGCAAUUGUGAAAUUGACUUGGCAAGCCUCCAUGGGAACCCUUCCAGUGAGUUGAGGGGGAGAGUCUCUUGGGAGGUCCUAUUAGCUUUUAGACGACAGUGUGCGGAAGAAAGUAAAAGUGCGCCUCGUGGUCAGUCAGCGUCUUUUCCCACCCCGUGGACAGACGAGGGAGGAGGGGAGCCUGGUCGUGACGGAGCAUGUUCGCGCGCGAGGGGGGAGCUCAGAUGGAGGUCUGAUCCUGUCGCUCACUCGUGGGGUCCUGUUGUGUUUUUCUAGUUUCACAUCUCUCUCCCUCGGCCGGCGGAGCCAAGAGCCCUCCCUUCUCUCUCUGGGCUAAAACUGACCACCCUUAAGACGGAGCGAGGGAGCCACACAGACUGAGGCCACGGCGGAUACGGAGGACAGCCUCGGAGUGGACAGAGCCUUCAAGGUGCUUCUAAGAAAGUGCUCUGUGCUUGUAUAAAACAAAAACAAAAAAAAAGACGCCGACACCUCCCCCUUUUCCUCGUCCAGCCUCUACCCUUCAGCACAUCAGGACGUCACUGAAGAUGGAAGCCAGGGGUCAUGAGCCCAUCAGGAGAGGGGUCAGCUGGGGUGGAGUGGCCCAGGGCCCUGGUGCUGGCCCAGGGAGCCUUGGCUACGGCCGGGGAGUCCGGCAGGGGAUGGGGCAGGCUGGGACGAGCCCCACUACCAACAGCUGCAAGAGGGACGACCACAGCUGGGUGAAAGGGAAGCAAGCCGUGACUCCCCCUGACAGUCAACUUGGCCGAAAAACAAACCUCAGCAGAAGUGCGAGUCUCUCGGAGAAGGAGCUGAAGGAGGCCCGCACGAGGAGUCAGAUCAUCGCUGCCCAGCUCUCUGUGCCGUCCAACUCGCGGGGCGUCCAGCUCUUCAACCGCCGCAGGCAGCGAGUGAACGCUUUCACGAAGGUCAGCUUCGGCGAAGGAGGCGGAGGAGGAGAGGGAGAAAGUGAGGAAGGGGGAGAAGGAGUCGGAAUAGAGAGAGAGUCCAAGAGUGAAAACUUCGGCACGUCGCCUCGGAGCUCAGAGGCAACAUGGGAAAAUAAGCGUGCCGUCGAGAGCGAGGACAGAGAUUUAAACCGCGAAAACAGCCAGGCCAAACUGCCUUGGUCGUCGUCGGGCGCGCUCGACUCGAACAGGGGAAACAUCAUCAUGGAGGAUCAGGGCGAGUCAGCCAUCCGUGAGGUGGAGGACGUUGACGGCGCACAGGAGAGACAUUUUCUGCCCGUCAAGGAGAAAGAGGAGGAGGAGGAUCUCUCCGUGGAGCCCGUGGAUGAACUGAGGGAUGAAAUGGCUGUCAGGGACGACAGUAACCGUGCUGGCGCCGGCCAAGGCCAAGCCAAGGUCAACGGAGCGUUCGCCGCUGACUCCGCCGAGACACCUGGCGAGAUGCCGAACGGUUGUCAUGACGCCCCGAGCAAACCCUUCACGCCGGUGGCCGCGCAGCCGCCGUCCACCAUCGUCAACAGGACGGCUCGGCCGUUCUUCUCCCCCUGCACCGUGCAGAGAUCCCCGGCGUCCAGUCCGGCGAUGGACAUCCCCCCGGCCCCUUCCUACUCCACGCCCCCUCUCCCGGCGUUCCCCGAGCCUCCCACCCCCACGUACGCCGUCGAGCCGCCCCCGGGGGCUUUCUCAGAGCCGCCCCGGUCAGGGCCGCCUAGGCCCACCUUCUCCCCUCCGCCUCCUGCCCCAUCGUACCCGACCCCCCCGCUGCCAUCCUACAGCAGCCCCCCUCCCCUGGCCAUGAUGCCCGGCCCCUCCCCGGGGCCUCCGCCCGCGGCUCACUACAUCCCCCAGACCGCCCCGAAACCCACCUACAUCCCCCAGAUGCUGGCCGAGAGACCCCGAUCGCAGACCCCGAUCCGGACGGGCAUCCUGGACGAGGGCGUGGUGAAGCGCAACACCCGCAAGUCCAUGUUCACCUUCCAGGAGAAGCCCAAGAUAGCGCCCAACCCGGAGCUCCUGUCCCUGGUGCAGGGCGUGGACGAGAAGAAGAAGCAGAGGCCGGCGGCGAUGGCGGCGGCGUCGAUGGCGGAGAACGUGCCCGAGGAGGAGCUCCUGGCCCUGGGCGCCGAGGCCUCCAACUUCCUGGCCAAGGAGGAGGAGGAGCAGCAGCAGCGGGACCGGGUGGUGGAGAACGCGGCGCCCGCUUGGUCCUCGAGCCUGAAGAGCUCCAGGACGGCGGCCCGGGCCGAGCACAAGCCCGAGCACAAGCCGGAGCAGGCGCUGACCAACGCGGCGGGGAAGGGCGCCGAGCUGUUCGCCAAGAGGCAGUCCAGGAUGGAGAAGUACGUGCUGGACAACACGACGGCGACGACGGCGGCAUCGAGGAGAGACGGACAGAUCCGGUCUCCCUCCCCGACCAUGUCUCUGCCCCCCUCCUGGGUGUACCAGUCCAACAGGCCGGGCCGCGUCAAGGCCAUCGCCAACGCCUCCAACGUCAGCGUGGAGAUCUCCAAGACGCUCAAGGCGCAGCAGCAGCAGCAGCAGCAGGCCUCUCAGAGGAGGAACUUUCCGGCGUACGGCGCCUCGGCCUCCGCGUCCCCGGCUCCGCCCGCGCCGGCCGCCCUGCAGAGCACCGUCCUGGAGAACGGCUGCACCAGGAUGGAGAUGGAGCUCUCCCGGCACCAGCCCUACCAGCUCAACUCCUCGCUCUUCAUCCUCAACCCCGCCCCCAAGGACCCCAUGAGCUCGCUGCCCCGGGGGGCCCCGCUGCCGCCCAGGCCGGUGGUGGGGGCCGCGGGCUCGGCCUACGGCAGGCAGACGUCGCUGCCGUCGCCGAACGUCCCGACGCAGUUCAGCUCACCGGUCAGCUACCGGCCGGCGUGCUUCUCGCCGCCGCUCCCCCUCAGCCCCAGGGAGUUCUCGUCGCCCGUGGCGGCCUUCGCUCCGGACCGGGUGGCCUCGCCGCGGUCGAACGUCCAAGCGCCCAGACCCACGUUCUCUGCCCGGAAGGCAGGGAUCGAAGCACAGACCAAGAAGGAGACCCCAGCCACGCCAACCGCAUCCAGGACCCCCACUAUGACCAGAAGGUUCAGCAGUCCAGAGGGCCCGACCAAUUUAGUGUGGUCUCCUACCCCCUCCAUAACGAGCGCUCCCUCUCCCAGACCCAUCCACCGGGCCAUGACCACCUCCCCUGUGUCUCCGCUGUGGGAGACCAGGUGUCAGUCGCCCGUCGUCAGUCAGGACACGAAAGCCAACCACCGGCUGCUGGCCAAGAACAUCAUCAACGCGGCCAAGCGCAAGAACAGCCCUUCCCCGGGCACGCUGAGUGGCCACGGGCUGCCCAUAUCGCCCCCUGGUGGUGGAAGCGGGGGCAUCGGAGGGGGCAUCCUGUCCUUCGAACACAAACCCCUGAGCCCCUUCCAGCCCCGCUCGUUAGGUAGCCAGUCGCCCACGUUCACCAGCCCCCCGCCAACGCCCACGCACAUGAUCCGCUCGCCCGUGCGCCUCUACAACACGCGCUCCCUCACCGACUCCGACGCGUCCGUGGAGUCGGAAGAUUCCGGAAUGCGUUCGCCGGGCGUGCGCACCUACAACACCUGUCCGCGCGGGUGGGGAGGUAGCCUGAGGAUAAAGAGGGGAAACGUUUCUGCCGACUUGUAGAAAGUGACAAAAAAAAUCUGAAAAAAAACGCCUGUUUUUUUUUUUUUUAAAGGAAAGAACAAGAACGUGUUUCUGUCUUCAGUUUUAAAUCAGAAUGAAUGGCUUUAUUUUUUGACCCCGCAACAUUGAAUGUACGGCUGAAUAAUUUGGCAUUAAAAUAGCAGUUGAAAUUAGAUAGUGCUCUGGCACAUUUCUGGCAACUGUGUGCAGUUAUGUAAGCAUUGAUUAUACAAUGUUAAUACAGAUAAGCCCGAUGAGGCUCGCUAAUUGCCUCGCACCUGGCUGCAAUUUUCAUCAGCUCAGAAAUGGCUUUGAAAAGAGCUUGCAAAAAAAAAUGGACAGACCAAAUUAUACCAAAGAUGCCAUUUUGGCUCUUGGGACCAAAUAACUAAUUUGUGUUCCUAUAUGCAGUAUCUCUUAAACAGUAUUACAUAUUGCCUUCUUUUUCUUUUUCAUUUUGUUCACCUACAUUUAUAAAUGUUCAAAAUGUUCCACAGUCUUUUUUUCCUCUGUAAACUUGCUUUCGGGUGUUUGUCUGCAAGUAAAGAAUAUGGAAAUGCAGUGUGUUGACGUACGACCUGUAGAAAGGUGAGAAAACGCUGUGAUUGGAAGACAUUGGGAAUCGAAGGGAUUCAGGGCUAUGUAAAUAUGUAAGUUACGGCCCUAGUCUUAGCCUAGCACAUUGAUGAUCAUGAAAGGGGACAUACUGUAAUUGAUCAUAAAUAAAAGCCUCAAGGUAAUCAAUUCUCCUCUGCAAACAACAUUUCCAUCCCUGGCAGAGCUGAGCCGAGGAGAGAAGGACUGCUUGCAGCAGGGAAUACUAAUGCCAGCUGCACCACCGAGGAACAUUAAUAGUCCCCAGCUUAACUAGGAAUAAGUACACGCUGGUAUUUCUUGUAACUGUCCAGUGCAAUACUCAGAUUGUAACACCGGUAUGCAGUGUAUGUUAAUUAAAUGCAGGUUUGUUUUACUGAAUGUGUAGCGUUUGAGAUAGGAAGAGGUGAUGUUGUAGGACAAGUGGUAUGUAAAAGGGUGACACGUAUGUGUAGUAAUUGAAUGUUGACUGCCUGAUCGAUCACAAGCUGUACUUGAUUGUAAUAACAAUGUUUCACUGAGACAAGCUUAAAGUGUAACACACUAUUUCUCACAUAUUAUUGGUUUGCUUGCAAAAGGGGGUGUCCGAGAUUGCAUUUCUAUACUGUGGGUUCCAUAGCAGAGAGCUGGUAAUACUUUAUACGACAUAAACCUGAUACUCUGUAACCAUAUCAUUAAAUGCAGUGUAACGGCGAUUAUCACUGUGUAACAGCACAUUGGUUUUCUGUACUUAUAUAACUCUAGCCCUAACUGUUCAUUAUGUGCAAAGUAUCAAUACCCUGUUGAUCACACUGUACUUAAUUUAGUUACACUGUAACAAGGGCUAUUUAAUAUAGAGAGUGACCAAAGAUUUUUUUUUUCGAGUGCUUGCAAGACAUUUGCAAAUAUGACAGUGACAAAUAAGAGUAUGUUAAAAUGGUUUGAAAUGGUACUAGUUGUCAGAUUAUUAUAGAAUAUCUUACUGGAUAUAAUCCACACAGGUGCACAUGUUAGUUUUUUUUGUCAUUUAUUUUUUAAAGAGAUUAACUUUUGCACUUCAUUACUCAAUUAGAUGGCACAGAAUACAUAUGACAGACCAGCUGUACUCCAGAAACACAAGUCAUAGAGCCUUCAACUCCUGUGAUAUUUGAUUGCUUCGAUUCUGUAUACACUCAUUGCGCCUUGUUUUUUUUUUGUUAUUUUUUCAAAGCCCAUUUGCACCACAUGAUAAUAAUUUCUGCAUCGGCGUCUGCUGGCACAGAUUGUGUUUCCUCCCCCCGGUGUCUUAUAUGUCUUAUGUCUCAGUAUCGAUGGCUUCUCGUUGGCCAACGGGAUCACAGAACAUGAGAAUGCAACUAUCAUCCUCAGUUGUGGCAAACCGAUUGGCACCCUGUGUUGGUGCCUCCGCAGAUUUCUGAGUAUUUACUUGUGAGCAUACUUUGAUUGACGGAGACAGACACCAGCUGCAUAGUGACUUGGCACCUUUGACUAGAAUAGCCUUCUUAGUGCCUUGGCUGCCUCUUCAGCCUUCUUCUCACCCUAUGCAAUCCUCCAGGUGACCCUGGGGUGGAGAAAAUGUAUCACCAAUAAGAAUUGCUUGUUUCUUUUCUUGUUUUGUUUUGUUUUAAAAUAGAGCUUAUACUGCCACAAUUGAGUAAUCAACUGUUCUCAUUAUAUACCCUUACCCUUUGGAUGCUGUUAUUUAAGUAAACACAAAAAUAAAAGUGUUGGCACUUGUACAAAGUC